AUUGAUUAUAUCCUUGAAUUCACGGCACCCAUUUAUGAUAUGCUACGAAUAGCCGACACAGAUAAGCCUUGUCUUUAUCUUGUGUAUGAGAUGUGGGAUUCCAUGAUAGAGAAGGUGAAAGUAGUGAUAUAUCGGCAUGAAGGCUUGGAAGAUGAUCAAUAUAGCUCAUUUUGGGGUGUGGUGUAUGAUAUACUCAUUGAUCGGUGGACUAAAAAUUCUACACCACUACAUUGUUUGGCUCAUUCCUUAAAUCCUAAGUAUUACUCCAUUGAAUGGAUUUCGGAGAAUCCAAAACGCAUCCCUCCACAUCAGGAUCAUGAAAUUUCUAUGGAAAGAAGCAAGUGUUUGGAGCGAUACUUUGAAGAUGAGAAUGACUUAACGGUGAAGUAUGAGUUUGCUAAAUUUUCAGGAGGGAGGUUUCCUUCACCAAGUGCCUUGACGGAUAGGUGGACCUUACUACCUUUGGUUUGGUGGCAAUACUAUGGCUCCGCAUUUCCAACUCUUCAAACCCUUGCCCUUAAACUUCUUGGACAACCUUGCUCAUCCUCAUGUGCUGAGAGAAAUUGGAGCACGUACAAAUUCAUUCAUUCCUUAAAAAGAAACAAAAUGGCUCCUGCACGCACUGAGGAUUUGGUAUAUGUGCAUUCUAAUCUUCGACUCUUGUCAAGGCGCAAUGAAGAGUACAUACAUACCGCAACAAAGAUGUGGGAUAUUGCAGGAGACUCUUGGAAUGAGAGCGACAUGCAUGGAGGAGCUGGAAUUCUUGAGAAUGCAACUCUUACACUUGAUGAGCCAGAGUUGGAGGCUAUAGUUAUUGGGAAUGUUAACACUAGUGCUACUACUAGUGAAAGUGAAGUUCGAAGUGAAGCUAUUGAUCUUGAGGAUGAUGAUAUUUGUGUUUGAUUGUCUUGUUGAUUAUCUUUUAUUUUGUUUUAGUUUCAAACUUAUGAGU